GAGUCUGGGAGGGGAGAGGGUCCCAGCUGUGUCACGCUCAGGCUGCUGGUGCUGGUGGCAGUUCGCUGGUGGCCCUUUGUGCUGCAGGGCUGCUCUUUCAGCACAGCCUGGUUCUUGCAGGCUGAUCCCAAGGAAAGGCCUCCACCAGCCCCAUCUGGAAAUGGAGGAGAACUUGGUCACUCGGCAGGUGAGUUUUGUCAAGAAAUGCAACCUCCAGCAAGCGGUGGAGCUGUGCUCACUUGUCUCUUGAGUGUCACCAUGCAGGAUGGGCAUCCUAAGGGAGGAUGUCACCUGGAGGAGCAAGGACACCACUGUUCAGGGGCCACUGCUCAGCUCAGCUCUGCAGGCAGGGCAGGCAGGACAGGGCAGGCAGGCUCCAUUGACGGGCUAUUGCUCUGUUUUCCUUUGCAGCAGGAGGCAGCAGCAGCAGCAGCAGCAGGAGGAGGGGGCUGCCCUGGCCCUUCGCUCUGCGGCGCAGCCCGGCCACUUCCCAGGCGCCAGGGCAGGAGGGCUCUGUCUGCAGCAGGGCGCUGUUUGGCCAGCCCCUGGCAGCCCUCUGCGGGGAGGACGGCACACUGCCCCAGCCCAUCCAGGAGCUGCUCGCUGUUCUACGUUGGGAAGGACCAUCGACGGAGGGGAUAUUUCGCAGAGCCGCCAGUGGAACAGCGCUUUGGGAGCUGCGUGAGGCCCUGGACUGUGGCCUGGACAUCGACAUGGGAAGCCAACCUGCAGAUCUGUUGGCCGUCGUCUUGAAGGACUUCCUCAGAAACAUCCCCUCCAAGCUCCUCGUGGAAGAUCUGUAUGAGGAGUGGAUGGCAGCCAUGGAGAGGAGCAGCAUGGAGGAGAAGAUGGAGGAGAUGAAAGUGGUGGCCAAGAAGUUGCCAGCGGCCAAUCUGCUGCUCCUGAAGGAGCUGCUGUCCCUCCUCCAGCACAUUGGCCACAACGCAGCCACCAGCAGGAUGACCUUUAACAACCUGGCCAUCUGCGUUGGGCCCAAUCUGCUGAGCCCACCCAAGGAGGAGCUGCUGCCGCUGGACGCCCUGCUGCAGGUCACACAGAAGGUAUGCUGUCUGGAGCAGCCGGCUGCAGCCUUCCCGGCCCAUCAGAGCUCGGCUGCUCGCAGCUCUCUGGAUGCCUUCUCCUCCCUGGAGCCAGUGCUGGUGGGGGGGCUGCCUGGAAGAGCAGCCCCACAGCCACAGCCUCCUGCGCAGAGGCGAGGCUCAGGAGCGGGAAAGGCUGCUUGGUGCCUUUUCAGGCAGCUGGGUUGA